UCUCCCUGAAACUCCAUAGAACUUUAGAAGCGUAUUUGUAAGGAUCUGAAUAAGUAUUUGACUUUUUAACUGGACAACAUCGUUCACAGACAGGGCCAGGAUCUUUCGAGUGUGAGGUCAGCUGUUUCAGUUAAAAAACCUUGUUACUCUGUUAGACCUCCGGCAUCACAGGCCUGUCAAUCACACUGUACAUCGGCCAUUAUGGAAUCUAUGGCAGCCAGAAUGGCCAUGGUGGCCGACUCUCCCAACCUGUCGCUGAAAUCUGGGACUACCCUGGGAACAGAGGAAGACUCUUUUGUGAGCACUGUCAGCUUUGUCUGCAACCACUUCCUGUCUGCCAACAUCAUCGCUGUCGUGGAGAAAUGCAUGAGCUCCAUGCAGAUUGGGACCCAGAUGGUAAAGCUCCGCGGGGGCUCCAAGGGACUGGUCCGGUUCUUUUACCUGGACGAACACAAGUCCUGCAUCCGCUGGAGGCCGUCACGCAAGAAUGAGAAGGCAAAGAUCUCCAUCGACUCCAUUCGUGAGGUCUGCGAGGGGAAGCAAUCUGAGAUAUUCCAGCGGUACGCAGAUGGCAGCUUUGACCCAAAUUGCUGCUUCAGCCUAUAUUAUGGAGAACACAUGGAGUCAUUGGACCUGGUGUCUAGUACAGGAGAGGAGGCACGGACCUGGAUUACUGGGCUCAAGUACUUGAUGGCUGGUAUCAGUGAUGAGGACAGCUUGGCAAAAAGACAACGCACCCGUGACCAAUGGCUAAAACAGACAUUCACCGAGGCUGACAAGAACGGAGAUGGGAGUUUAAGCAUCAAUGAGGUCCUUCAGCUCCUGCAUAAACUCAACGUCAACCUGCCACGACAGAAAGUUAAACAGAUGUUCAAGGAGGCAGACACAGAUGACAAACAGGGAACUUUGGGGUUUGAGGAGUUCUGCUCCUUCUACAAGAUGAUGUCGACUCGUAGAGAUCUUUAUCUCCUCAUGCUUACCUACAGCAACCACAAAGACCACCUGGACACAGAUGACCUCACUCGCUUUCUGGUGACCGAGCAAAAGAUGACAACGGUGACUAAGGACCACUGUCUGGAGAUAAUCAACAAGUUUGAGCCGUGCUCUGAAAACCAGAAGCAGGGCGUUUUGGGAAUAGAUGGUUUUACGAACUACAUGCGCAGUCCAGCUGGGGACAUCUUCAACCCAGAGCACUACAACGUGAGCCAGGACAUGAACCAGCCUCUGUGCAACUACUUCAUUGCUUCAUCACAUAACACCUACCUGAUGGGGGACCAGCUGAUGUCCCAGUCCAGGGUAGACAUGUACGCCUGGGUGCUGCAGGCUGGCUGUCGCUGUGUGGAAGUUGAUUGCUGGGACGGUCAGGAUGGAGAGCCCAUCGUACACCAUGGCUACACCCUCACCUCCAAGAUCCUAUUCAGAGACGUGAUUGAGACCAUCAACAAGUACGCCUUCAUCAAGACUGACUACCCAGUCAUCCUGUCCAUAGAGAACCACUGCAGUGUUCCUCAGCAGAAGAAGAUGGCCCAAUACCUGGUUGAGAUCCUUGGGGAUAAACUAGAUGUGUCCACUGUCAAGGCAGAUGAGUCCGGGAGAUUGCCAUCACCAGAAUCGCUCAGGGGCAAGAUCCUUGUGAAGGGAAAGAAGCUGCCCCCAAAUAUUGAUGAGAACGCCGAGGAGGGAGACGUGUCUGAUGAGGACAGUGCUGAUGAGAUGGAAGACGACUGUAAGCUGAUGAACGGAGAUACAUCAGCUAACAGGAAGCAGGUGGAAAACAUGGCUAAGAAAAAACUGGACAGCCUGAUGAAAGAGUCAAAGAUCCGCGACCGAGAGGACCCAGACAGCUUCACCAUCGCGGGCCUCCCACCGAGUGGGAAGAACCCGGAAAAGGGUGACGGCAAGGGUAAAAGUGACGACGGGACAGACACAGCAGAUGAGGCCAAUCCCAGCAGCACUAAACGCACCAGCCGCUCCUUCAUUGGGAGCUUCUCUAAACGCAAGAAAAAGUUGUCCAAGUUGAAGAAGACAUCAAGCUUCGAAGAUACAGACACAGACCAGGAGAGCACAAGCAGCACUUCCCGCGCCGCGCUCCACCAUAGCAAAAAGAAAAAGACCAUGAAGCUUUCAAGAGCUCUGUCUGAUCUGGUGAAGUACACCUGCUCCGUUGGUCUAUAUGAUAUUGAGGCACAAGCUAACUGCAGCUGGCAGGUGUCUUCUCUGAGCGAGACCAAAGCUCAUCAGUUGAUGCAGCAGAAAGCCACUUCCCUGAUCCAGUUUAACCAGCGCCAGCUUUCCCGGAUCUAUCCUUCCUCCUACCGUGUAGAUUCGUCUAAUUUCAACCCUCAGCCUUUCUGGAACUCUGGCUGCCAGCUUGUUGCUCUCAACUAUCAGUCGGAGGGGCGAGUCCUUCAGCUCAACCGAGCAAAAUUCUACAGCAAUGGCAACUGUGGCUACAUCCUGAAACCCUCCUGCAUGUGUGAAGGUGCCUUUAAUCCAAACCUGGAUGACCCGCUGCCUGGUCGGAUGAAGAAACAGCUGAUUUUAAAAAUAAUCAGUGGACAACAGCUGCCUAAACCCAAAGAUUCAAUGCUAGGAGACAGAGGAGAGAUCAUUGAUCCGUUUGUGGAAGUGGAGAUUAUCGGCCUUCCUGUUGAUUGCUGCAAAGAACAGACCAGAGUGGUGGAUGAUAAUGGCUUCAAUCCAAUGUGGGAGGAGACUCUGGUCUUUACGGUUCACAUGCCAGAGCUGGCCCUUGUACGUUUCCUUGUGUGGGAUCAUGACCCAAUUGGCCAAGACUUCAUCGGGCAGCGAACCAUCGCCUUCCACAGCAUGAUGCCAGGUUAUCGGCAUGUUUACCUGGAAGGUAUGGAAGAAGCUUCAAUUUUUGUUCAUGUGGCUGUGAAUGACAUCACCGGUAAGGCCAGAGCAGCCAGUGGUAUAAAGGGUCUGUUUCACAGAAACCCAAAGCAGGCUUCUCUAGACAGCCAUGCUGCUGUCCACCGCUGCCGUAAACACCCAUUUGGCGCCCACCUCCUGCGCCGCACUGCCAGUGCACCCACCAGAGGCCAGCCCAAGGUUAUAAAGGGCUUCCCUGAGAUCCCCAUUGACACCAAAGAUUACAGCUCAGAGGGGGCUAGUGAAGAGCGAGAGUCUGAGAAUAGAGACAAGGCCUCUUCCGCCACUUCUUAUCAGUUCACUCCACCACAGCAUCACAACGGGGAGUCACUAGCCUCCCACCAAGCCAAGGGUCCCUGGGACCAUCCUGGCACCAAUGGAGCUCUCCACCCAGAGGAGGGUAAAGACAUUUCCAUGGAGCAGACAUUGGGCUUCCCUUCAUCAGUGAAAGGAGGAAUCCCCAGUAGCAGCUUUGCCCCUACCCCAGAGAGGAGCCUGUCGCCAUAUCGCACCACAUCCUCACCAAUCCAUCAAUCAUCCAUUUUACAUUCGCCAGUACACAAUGCUUCACAUGGAGCAGUGCACAGUACCACUAAAGUGAACAGAGAAAUUAAACCCUCCACCUCUUGCACAGCCUCUGCUACCUUAGCGGGUAGCAGUCCUACAGAAAUACCAGAGACGUCUCAAGACUCACAGGCACAUGUAGGCACCGUUGACGAAGAACUGAAGAAAACCCCAGAAACUCGAGUUGAGACAGCAGGCAGAGAAAAAAAGCCAGAUCUCAGAGUGGAACCCCCUGGUGAAAGACGCCCCAUAGGAACUCCAACAAUCCCAACUGCUCAGCUGUCCCAGGCCAGGAGAGCUCUUUUUAACGCUACACCACUGCACAUCCCAGUAAGACGAGCAAAAAGCGAAGGGCAUGUUCGAGGGGAUGGAGCCGGGCUGGCUCAAUCUCCUGUACCAGAGGUCUGUACAGAUGCUACCAUGAAUGACCGAAUCUGGAGCAAACUGGAGCCAGGGAGCCACAGAGACAGCGUUUCCUCCUCUUCUAGCAUCUCCUCAAAUGAUACAGUCAUUGACCUCUCUCUUCCUAACCUGGCCAGAAGGAGCCUCAUCAUCCUGCCCAGUAACAGCAGUGAGCCCCCCUGGAUCAACCACCCAAGCACCAAACCAAGGGUCAGCAAGAGCAAGUCUAACCCCAACCUUCAGCAAGGAAACUGUCCCAAAGAUGAGCUUGAGCCCCACUCACUGCAGCCAGAUCAAAACUGUACAGAGGACUCAUCCGGUAGAUUGACCCAAAGAAGGCACACCUGGUGCCGGCUUUACAUGGAAGGACUUAAGCAGACAUCCACCAAAAAGCCAUCAAUUACAACUGCAACCUCAGCAGCUGGCAUGUCCAAAAGCCUAGGUGACCUGACCUCUGAGGAUAUUUCUUGCAACUUUGACAGCAAGUAUCGCAGCAUCAGCCGCAGUUUUAUUGUGAAAUCCGCUAAAGAUCAGCUCCGUAAGGGCAGCCCACGGAAGUGUCAACCCCAGAGUGACCUGAUGGAGCAGCUGCGCAAGCUGACUGAUGUGGAACCAUUGAAUCCAAGUGACUUUACACCGGAAAACGGACCUAGGGACACAGAGGUGGAGGAUGUUCCGGAGACGCUGGUGCGACGAACCUCCUCAAGGAGCCAAAGUAGGGUGCGGUACAUUGCAAACAGGGCUAAAAAGGCCCAGGAAAGAAAGAUGCUCCAAGGUAAAAGUGGUAGCUUCAGCUUUACUGGAGGAAUAGGCAGUAGAAUUUCCUGUCCAAUCGAGGAACGGGGUAAUCCAGAAGGAGCAUGCUGUAUUGGCCAGAGUCCCUGCAGCAGUCUGGACCUGCUGAGUCAGUUAGAAUCCCCCUCCUAUGUACAGUCGCCCCUGACGUCUGACUGCCCUGAAAUGUUCUUUAGGCUCAAACUCUGAGAACUGGUACUGAUGGGGAGAGAAGCAGCUAAAAACUGCUUUAAAAUAAAUUGCCUUUUCAAUCUUUUUAAAUUUAAUAUCUGGCAAUUUUCCACAAUAGACUAUUUGACAAAGUAUCUGAUCAAAAAACUCAGAACUUUCCAAGACCCAAGACCCAUUUUUUUGUGUGACCGGUACUCGUAGAAAUCAUGAGGUGCUUUUCCACAGCAAGAACUGGAGAUGUGGCAAUAUACCCCCC